CACACUCUCACCAACAAAAACUUCAUUCUUCUUCUUCUUCAAUAACAUGACAAUGGAUUGGUUCUCAUGGCUAUCAAGAACGAAUCUCGAAGAUUCGCUCAUCUACGAGUACGGCCUCUCCUUCUCCCACAACGAGCUCGAAUUCGAAGACAUCGCUUACUUCAACCACGAGUUUCUCCAGAGCAUGGGAAUCUCCAUCGCCAAACACCGCCUCGAGAUCCUCAAGCUCGCUCGGAGGGACAAGAAAGCGUCUCCGCUCACCGCUCGUUCGAUUUCGAGAGUCCUGAUCGCGAUUAGGAAGACAGGGAAGUGCUUCUCCGAGUACGUUAGGGCGUGGAUCCGACGCGAGGAGUCGUCUCGGGCUCUGGUGGUUGUGCCGAGAAGCAGCGGGAACGGGAGGUGGAAAGGCGCUUUGAUGAAGAGGAAGAAGAGAUCCGUGACGCCGAGCAAUGGGAAUGGAGGAGGAUUGGGUAAGGAAGAGAGACUUAUGCUGACGAAUGGGACUCCGUGUAGGUUUGAAAGCUUCUCGAGUUCAACGGUUUUGGAUUACGGUUUGAAAGAGGAGAAAGAUUGUGACGUGGAAGAAGAGAUUAAGUGGGAUUCAAUGUUUCAAAAUCUGAAACCUACUUGAAGUUUGAUGAUGAUACUGAAUCAGGUAGAUGGUGACUUUUAGGGUUCUUCCACCACCAACACAUGUACUUGUUCAGCUUUCUUGUUUCCGAGUGUGUGUGUGUUUGUAUGAUUAGAUUUAGAAUAUUUAAUUAGGUCUUGUUUAGAAUCAUAUCAUCUUUUGCUUUUGAGAAAAAGACCAAACAGAGGAAACUCUGUUAUUUCUCUCUCUCAUUUCUACUACAUGACUCGUUUCUG